GGUUUGAAUGGCUCGCAGCGUUCUUUCGUUAAGUCGACUUGUUUCACAUUCUCAUUAAUUUACCGUCCACUGAAAAGUACGUGUAAUUGCAUCAAUUAAUUUUUCCCUUCAAUGCAAAUUUUACUCGAUUUGGCCGGCGUUUGGCGAGUGUUAAUUUCAGAACCGGUAUUUGCCACUUCUGGAGCGACUACAGGGACUUUUGUUUUGAAAUCUCCUUGGAGUCCGAGAGCGGAAGUCAUUGGCGACAGCGAAAGGUUCACGUUACUUGCAGGAACACUAAAGAAAGGAGGAAAAGCGGCUAGCGGGACACCAACACUGAUUUGAUUGGGAAAAGGGUGUCGUACUGUCUGCAGACGCUGGUAUCUCAGAGAUCGUCUCCCUGCUGAAGUUACGGGCUUAUCAUCGUGGAAGCUUUUGUCUUCACCGGGGACCAUAAGAGAAUCCGUUACACGCGCAUACGCACCAGUGGUCUGAUCUCAAGUGAGAUGUCAGAUGGUCGGACCAUGCAGUGUGCUGGCAGCAGUGAUUGGGUCAGUGGCAUCGGUGCCAACAGCCAGCGUCCCAUGAGCUUUCUUUUGGCCUGAGCUGUCUUCUUUGGGCUCCGGCCUGGUUCGUCUGGAUCUCUGUGCCUCUGGCGCCGCAGUCAUGGAUCACCCCAGAGAGAAGGAGGUCGAGAGGCCGGUGAGGAGCAGUAAAGUGGCCCAGGGGCGCAGCGGGCAUUCCAGGCCCUCCAGCUCCUCCACAUCCUCUGGGGUCCUAAUGGUAGGACCUAACUUUAGAGUUGGCAAGAAGAUCGGCUGUGGCAAUUUUGGAGAGCUGAAGCUUGGAAAGAACCUGUACACCAAUGAGUAUGUUGCAAUAAAGUUGGAACCUGUGAAAUCGAGAGCCCCACAGCUACAUUUGGAGUACCGGUUCUACAAAACCUUAGGCAGUACAGCAGAGGGUCUGCCUCAGGUCUUUUAUUUUGGGCCCUGUGGGAAAUACAAUGCCAUGGUUCUGGAGCUGCUCGGUCCCAGUCUUGAGGAUCUCUUUGACCUGUGUGACCGAACAUUCUCACUGAAGACUGUCCUGAUGAUCGCCAUUCAGCUGAUUUCACGCAUGGAGUAUGUGCAUUCUAAAAACCUCAUCUAUCGGGAUGUGAAGCCAGAGAACUUUCUCAUCGGGCGGCAAGGCAAUAAGAAGGAGCACAUCAUUCACAUCAUAGACUUCGGCCUCGCGAAAGAAUACAUCGACCUAGAAACCAAAAAACACAUUCCUUACCGGGAGCACAAGAGCCUCACUGGCACAGCGCGAUACAUGUCUAUUAAUACACACUUAGGGAAGGAGCAAAGUCGGAGGGAUGACCUUGAGGCCUUGGGUCACAUGUUCAUGUAUUUCCUCCGGGGAAGUCUACCAUGGCAAGGACUUAAAGCUGAUACACUAAAAGAACGCUACCAGAAGAUUGGGGACACGAAACGAAACACUCCCAUUGAAGUUCUCUGUGAGAAUUUUCCUGAGGAGAUGGCUACAUACCUGCGCUACGUCAGGCGGUUGGAUUUCUUCGAGAAACCGGAUUAUGAAUACUUGCGGACCUUGUUUAUGGAGUUGUUCGAACGAAAAGGAUAUACCUUUGAUUACUCCUAUGACUGGGUCGGCAGACAGAUUCCCACACCAGUGGGGUCAGUCCAUGUAGACUCGGGUGCGUCUGCCAUCACACGCGAAAGCCACACACACAGGGACAGACCCUCCCAGCACCAGCCCUUAAGAAACCAGACGGCCGUCUCCGACCGCAGAGGAGCUUGGGAGGUGCAGCCCAAUCGCCAGACAAACUCCUCUUACCUGACCUCCCACCUGGCGGCAGACAGGCACGGGGGCUCGGUGCAGGUGGUGAGCUCAACCAAUGGUGAACUGAAUGCAGACGACCCGCUGGCGGCCCACUCAAAUGCACCAAUCACAGCGCAGGCAGAGGUGGAGGUGGUGGAUGAGGCCAACUGCGUGAAAAUGCUCAACCUGUGGUGCUGCUGCUUCUUUAAAAGGAAGAGGAAGAAGAACACGCCACGGCACAAAUGAACUUCCAGCCUCUCCGCGAGAGCCCGUUCCUUUGGUUGUUUUCCGAGCCUUCAAAUAAAGAAAUUUUUAAUGAGACGACCACGGCCUUCAAAACUGCUUCAAGUGGACCGAUGUAUGAAAACCGAGGCGUGCACAUGUUGUCUCUGUUGGGAUUGUGUUGAAUUUUCGUUGUUUUCUUCCACACAUGAAUUCAGGCAGCGACAGGCCUCACGGACAGCUUCCUAAAACUGUCUCCGGGAUAUUCACGCAAAGCACUGGAACAGCACCGCACUUGAUUCGCUGUCGUGCUUAUUUUUCGUUGUCCUUGCCGGUGGACGUCAUGGGGAGGAAUUAUCUGAAUGUGCUCUCUUAUCCUCUUCCUCUGUGACGGACCCAGUUCCCAUUGUGUGACAAAGAGGGAUGGAGCGAGACAAAGUCACCCACGCUGGAGCUCGAACCGCAGACGGAGCUGCCGCGCGGGCCUUCUCCGUUCACCCAUUUUAUUUUAAGUGUUUGUGUAUUCGUUGGCUGAUUGUUGGUUCUUGUGCUGCCAGGAAGGGGUCGAAGCCUCAGAAUAUGACGUCAUCGUAUCUAUGGGAGUGAUUUAACCGCUGCGGGAAAAGCAGAAACAAUGUCCUAACGAUGCUACCCGGCCUUUACAUGUGAACUUUGUGGAAGUGUGACGUAAGCAGCUCUGUUUCCAGUGGUAACGGGGGUGUGCUCCUCUCCGUUCCACCGACUAGUAUUUAAACUGCUUGUUCUAAAGCACUCCUCCCGACACACCCACCACCCAGUCCUGCUGCUGUUUCUCUACGACGUCGCAUCUCUUAAAGUGGCGUAAAACUGGCUGCUUUUCUGUUGGCUGCGGUGACCAGCAAGACCUCUUUCUUCUCUGCGCUUUUGUAUCUGAAUCCAUCGUUUCUGUCACCUUAUUCCCACAAACAGUCCCUGAUAGAUGUUGUUUUUUUUAAUGCCAGAAAACUGCUUAUUAUUCAGGAUGUGAGUAACCGUUUUAUGUGCCAGGAUGACUUGUGGGUGGCUAAGAAAAGUCUUAUAUUGUAUAAAGCAAAGAUAAAUUUCAGCUUGUAUUUACGGCCUUUCGGCAAGCGUUGUGUGCGUGACUCCAGGCAACGGAAUGAGAGUGUGUAGUCCGGGAGGAUCUAGACUGAAGGUAGUGACUGCGACUGCUUAACAUCUCGAUGUAAUGCCUUAACAUUACUCCGCAGGGUCCACCUGUACGGGACUCCGCAAUAGGACGUUAUGAAAUUCCUCCCAUGCCUUCAUGCUUGAUACGCGUCUCAUUCCCUUUCGGGACCAUUGCUGGGGGGUCGAGUCACUGAAGCUAAUGAAUAUGAAUUACGUGGUUAAAAAAGUAUUAAAACCGACCCAUUGAAUCGCCCGUUUUUCUUAACUCUUGUGGGACUGCGCCUAUAAGCAGCUCCGAACAGGGCAGCCCUUGACCUCUUACACGGAUGAGGCAGUCCUAUCCCGAGCUCGGUGCUCAACGCAGGGAUUAGAUUAUAAAAACGGGGUUAUAUGCUAAAAUGACUGUAGUCGUGUUUUUUACGUCAUGAGAAUCGCUAUGAGAGACUUUAUAAUCUCAGUCGUGAUAAUGCCUUGCUCAUUUCUUGUUUCUCGCGGUCACCUAUUCACAGCAUUAAAUCCAUGCUUUUAUUUCGUGAGCUUUCUAAUGUAAAGUAAAUGUGAAUUAAUGUAAGAUAAAUUGUAUAACUAUUAUUUUUAUUUUGAUCACCAUUACAGACAUUGAGAGAGAAGCCAUAGGAGUGUGGGACUGCACUAAAGUUUCGUUUGACCCUCGUUGACUUUAACUGUUAAUGUAAUCUUUUGAACUCGUCCAUUGUUAGGAACCGAGUCUGUUUGAGGAAUCAAAUACCCCACUUGACCUGCUCGUUAUGUUUCAUAGAAACCUUUGGUACCGUGAUGUGAGAAGGGUCAACAGCUGGAAGGGUUUGUCAAAGUUCAUAGAAGCUGUGAUAGAAAUAGCCAUGUUGGACCAAAUGGAUCUCUAAAAACGCCUCAGUCUUAAUUGGCACAUUUGUCCAAUUGGGUUUUCAAUGUAGAUAGCCAUUUGCUGAGUUCCCCUGAGGUCUAAGCCCCCAGUUCAUUUCAGGAAUAUACUUCCAAGCCCUAUUGGGACAUUUGGUCGGCAGCAAUAGGGGAGCCAACCGACCUUUUUCACCACUGCAUCACGGUAAGCUUUAUUUUUCCGACGUGAUGGUUAUUUAAGAAUCUUCCUCAUGCUUAUCCACUGUGAUGCAGGUCACUUUGGUUCUAAAUUAUUCUGUGAAAAGUACUUGAAUGAUACGCUUGGAAAUCCACUCUUGGGGUCUCUCUCGUGGAUGUGUCGGGCGAGAGGAGACUCUUUAUUUAACAUUCUUCUCGUAUUGAUAUGUAUUACGUGCCUCGCUAGAGUUGAAAGACGAUUUAGUAUUUUUUGGAUGUGCACUGCUUGCUAUUCCCAAUGGCGACUGGCUAAAAGAAGAAUGAUUUCGCAAGACAAGUUUACCCUUGUCUAACCCCCUUAUCGACUCUCUACUAAAGUUAAAAACGGACUCAUUUUGGCUAGAACCUCUGAUAGUAUCCGUUUUGUGAAUAUAUGCAGAAAAUGUCAUUGUUUAGCUUGUCUGACAACGGUUAAGCUACUAUCACUGGACUGACAUUGAGAUUAGCAGCUGACAACGACGAUCAAAUUUCUUGGUUGUUUCCCUUGUUGAAAGUAACUCGUCUAUAUGUAAGACACUACACACUGAAACCGCACUCCUGAUAUGCUAUAUAUGAAGUACUUUCACUGAUGGAUGGGUAGAACAGACAUCGCUAUUACUGGAAUAUUACAUGAUACGAUCAAAAUGACUACUACGCAGUGAUUUCAAACUUUCUUUCAUCUUCUUUUAUUUUUUAAGAUUGCACCAUAUUUUUUGUACAAUUUUGUACUUUUAUUUGAAUAAAGAUGGUAUCCCUAAAAUUAUGACCUUCUAAGUUCAAAAACUGUCCAAUAAAAGUAAUCGAUUCCCAAAAGGUCAAAGCAUUGCAGGUCCCUUUGAAAGGUGUCUGUGUACCGUUCCAUCUUCUGUAAAUGGCCUUUGCAUCACAUUUCUGAUUACAUUACUGUGCUACAGAUAUACAGAGAGGUAAAGUACAGAUUAUUCUCAUAAAGUUAAAUUUAGUGACGUAAUACAGAUUCUAUGUGCAUGGCGUUUGAUUCUGAAAGCAAUGGAAACUACUUGUCAGUUGGGCACUGAAGAACAUUGUGGGCAUGAAGUUGAUACACUGUUAUUCUGUGGCUGCAUAAUGCCUUUAAAUGCUAAAGCAAAGAUGCGAGUCUGACCCUCUGUACGCUUCUGUUCAGCAGGUAAAUCUCCACUGCGUACUAUUUUUACUGCUGUAUGCUGCAUAGGCCUUCCAUUGUGUCCGCUAUAGAGUCAAAGCGCUUUCUUUUCUCACUAAAUGUAAUCAUUCCUAUCACAGUUUCGGUUAAUGUGGGAAAUUGUUGAACAUAUUUAAUGAACCAAUUGUUCUGGUUUCUUUUGAAUGACCUCGGAAUGAUGAUCAUAUUACAACAGUCUGAAAAGAAAAGCACUGCAAUAUUUGAAUUCUCCUUUGUUUCCCCUUUUUUUUUCGCAAGAAAGACCGACAAAGAUUCUGCAUUUCUGUACUUCAAACAUAUUAAAAACGAAAAUUGUACAGUACUGCGCGAGUGGUUCUCUCUUGUUCUGGUCAAACUCGCAAAGAUACUUUCAGUUUCAUUGUAUUAUGGAUUUAUUGUGUUGAAAUAUGAAUGUUACUUAAAUGUAUUUCAAUGAUUUACUUCGUCAAGGGCUUCAACUGUGAUGGACCCAUUUUCUCCUGUUUCUCUCUAAAACCUUUCUUUUUUAAGUUGCAGAAAGAUUAAGGCCUUAAUCUUAAUCUUAUUUAAAAUGCCUAUUUUCCUGAGGAGUCGUACAAAAUUCCAGACGUAACCUUUCGAAUUAAAUUUUUAUUCCCUCUACUCCUAAAUGGAAACUCAAGUUUGCACCCUUUUUUAUGUAAAAUAAAAGAAAUGUCUCUUAA